AUGCAAGUUUUUGACAAUUUAGCUUUAUAAGAAGUAUAAUCUAUUAGUAUAGAUGGCUCUCCUGAUAGAUUGAAAGAAAUAAUCAGAAUGAUUCUAUAAGAAUUGAAUUAAAUGGGAUACAGCGAUGUCUGUAAUAUACUUGAAGAGGAAUCUCAAACUAAAUUAGACACCACUUAAAUGAAUGAAUUAAAGGAAUCCUUUUUAAAUGGAGACUAUGAAAAACUCUUACAAUAAUUAGAAUUUUCAGAAACGAUCAAUAGAGUAUUCUUUAUAUUUAAAAUAGAAAUUAUAAUAUGAAAUAUAAAAAUAAUUAUACUUAGAGUUAGUUCAAUAAAAGAAUUAUGAAUAAGCAGUCAAUUUAUUAAGAUAAUUAUCAGAAUAUAAUGAAAAAGAAUCAUAAGUUUUAGCUAAGUAUAUAUAUGAUAAAUUAAUUAGAAUGAUAUUUCUAUAAGAAGAUGCUUCUUAAUUAUAUAUUGAAUUAGCUAUACCUAUAGAUUAAGGAGAACAAAGAUUAUAACUUUAUUAGAAAACCUUAAAUUUAGUAAAUUUUGGAGACUUUUCAUUAAAAACACAAUUUGAUAAAGUGAUUGAUUAAGCUUUAGAGUAUUAAAUUAAAUAAUGCCCAUAUCACAAUGAUUCUAAUGAGAAUAAGAAUUAUUCAUUAUUAUUAGAUCAUAAUUGCUAAUGUUAUUAAAUACCUAAAAAUAAUUCAAUUAUUUUUUAAGAUUUUGAUGAUGAAGUAUGGAUUGGUAAGUUCUCUAAUUCAGGUAUAUGGAUUGGUUGUGCAACAAGAAAAAAUUCGAUUUAUAUAAUAUCAAAGGAAUCAUAAUAAAAAAUAAGCAAAGCCCAUUAAAUGGAUAUAAAUUCACUUGUUUUUACAUCAGAUGAUAAAUUGUAAAACUGAAUAAAUUUAAAUGAUUAGGUUGUUUUCAGCAUCAAAUGAUAAAAAAAUUAAUGGUUAUGAUGUUUAAACUGCAUAAUUAAAAGUAACAAUAAAUUAACAUACUAAUGAAGUUCUAUGUUUGGCUUAUUUUAAAAAGUAUUUUAUAAAUCAUAUUAUUAUCAGUCAAUUAUUUAGUGGUGGAGUAGAUGGAUGGAUUGGUAUAUGGUAAGAUAAUGGUAAAUUAAUAAAUUAAGUUAAAAGUAAAGUAAUAAAGAAUAUUUUAAUAACUGAUUAAUAUAUGUUACUUCAUAAUGCAGCAGUAUUUUCAAUAACAGUAAUUGAAAAUGAUUUUAAAUUUAAUAAAAUAAUAACUAAUUUAGAAGAAUAAGAAUUAAUUGUUUCAUCAGCUAUUAGCUAAAAUUAAUAAUUCUUAGUUUUGAAUAUAUCAAAAGAAAAACCAAAAUUACAUUUAUGGAGUCUUAAAACCUUUUAAAAAUUACAUGUAUUUUUUGGAUUUUAAGUUAAAGGGAUAGAAAUGAAAUGUUGUUUUGGUAGUAAAAAUGAUAAUUAUGUUUGUGUUGGUAGUUAAGAUGGUAAAGUACAUUUUUUUAAUAAAAAUAAUCAAUUAUAAUAAAAUAUAAUUGAUGGACAUGAUUAAGCUAUAAAUUAUGUUGAUUGGCAUAGUUAGACAGCUUAAUUAUUAACAGCUAGUGAUGAUAAAAGUGUUAAGAUAUGGAUAUAAGAUUAAGUAACAUAAUAAUAAAUAAUAAAUGUUUCUAAUGAAUAUGAUUAACCAUCAAAUUCUUAAUAUGGUGAGAUUGAAGAAGAAUAAGAUGAUCAUGAAGAUGAAGAAGAAUAUUAAUAAUAAUCAGAAGGAGAUUAAUCAUUUUGA